AUGUGUUCGGACGACGACUGGGUCUCUAAAUGCCCGUCGGGCUGCAGACUGCAGGGUCUGAUCUGGCAGACGGGGGGCGCCGUGGAGACGAGGCUGUGGACGGCGUGUCAGACGCUGAAGACGCUCGAAGGCGCCGCCGAGGAAUCCAUGAAGGCGACGGCGAGCGUGUACAGCUCCCAGCGCCGGCUCGUCGUCGGCAGAUACACGUCCGAGCUGAAGUUUGCUGAACUCGCAGACGGUCUGUCCGGUAACCUGACGUCGCUACGGCAACGGUCAACCUCGUUGUGGCGGCAGCUGGAGGAGCUGAGCGGCAGCGUCCGGACGCAGCUGGAGGACCUGUAUCGAACCGAGGUGGACGCUGACAUGAAGCUACGAGCCUGUCACGGGUCCUGCCGGUCGGCGCUGCCGUUCGACGUCGAUCACUCCAGCUACCAAAGGCUUCAAACUGACCUGGACAAGACGCUCAGCCGGAGAAACAAGGCCGCCGUGCCGCCGGCAGACGUCCCACGCAUCAAACUGCUGCCUGAAUAUGAGACCAUCCCGAUGGUCCAGACAGAACUACUGACCCAGUUUGAGGACAUCGGACAGAAUCAGUUGACUCUGGUGGAGUCUGUGGAUGUGGAGGCGCUUGACGCCGCAGAGCUGGAACGACCAAAGCUUUGACUGUUUGCAAAAGAAGCACUUUGUAGGUUUUGAAGGAGACAAUGGGAACGACCAUCUCCACUUUCAGUUUCAGUUUACAGUCUGCAGCGAGAAUCCACUGCGACUCAUUUUGUUCACGCUGUGCAGAUCAGACACAGCCGAGACACUUUAGGUUUUUAUUAACACCUCUGAGGGCGGGAUUUACCUGAAAUAGCUUGUAUGCUCGUCUGAAAGCUCAAUCGUCACUCAAGUAAAGUUUCAUAUGAGGUGAAUUAUGUCAUGAAUGUCAUGCCUGUAAGAGCUACAUUUCUGGAGAUGUCAAACCCUUAAAAUGUCGCCUCUGGUGGGCUGUUGAAGAUAUGUAAAAUCAUCGGUCUGAAAAAUAUGAACUGUUGUACAGAACUUAGUUUAGGCUCCAGACUAACACCAGUCUAACUUUAAGACAUGUUUCCUGAGUUUUGUCUGAGUUGACAGACUGACCAUCGAUGAAACUGAAAAGCUCUUUCAGGUUUUAAAGUCACACAUUUGCAAGCAAGAAACUGGGAGUUACAUCCUCACGGCCCGUCCAAAUCAGCACCUUGUUUGUUUCUAAAUAGGCCCAAUUCAGUGAGAUUCCUGAAAAUCUGGACUAUUUCUAAACUGUGAAGUGUAAUGAUCGUAGAUGAACAGGAAAACAAACCCAAACAUUUUCUGAGUUUUCUCUUAUUGCAAAUCUCUGACUUUAAAAUCUCUCAUCAUGUCAGUGUGUGCGUUUUGUUUUUGUUGUGAAUGUCAAUGUAGUGAUAACUGUAGACACAGUGCCACCAUUUUGGGUCCAUGAAGGAUUGUGUUUCAGUGUAUUUAUUAGCCAUACAUACACAGUGGGGGUGCAUUGCGGGGAUCAGUGUUUACGACGGUGGUGGUUUGAUGCAUUUCGUCUGCAUGUUGCUGUGUUUCACCCGGCACAGGUGCAAGUUUCUUGUUUUUACCGACUCCUUUGACUGACUAGAACGUUGAUUAGUUGCCAUAAGUGAUUAAAUCGAUUAAAAACAGAUGAACCGGUGAGGCAGGAGGCAUGCAGCAUGGACUCUACAGAGUAAACUUACUGAACAAUGUGGAGCCAUGAAAUGGAAUGAUGACGUUUUCUUUUGAGAAUCUGAACGAACAUUUUUGUACCAUGUCUUGUAUAAAAUAAAACAAUUGUGAAGAACUAGAAA